AUGACGACGAAAGCAGAACUUGUUUUUAUCCCUUCUCCGGCAGCAGGUCAUCUCAUUUCCGCCGUUGAAAUUGCAAAACUCAUUCUCAACAGAGAUGACCGGCUCUGUAUCUCUAUCCUCAUUAUGAAGCUUCCAAUGGAUUUCGGCAUUCAAUCUUACAUCGAAUCACUCUCAUCUAUACCCCGUUUGCAGUUCGUUGACAUCACUGUUGACGAAAAAACUAUUGCUGGAUUCAUGUCAAAUAAGGAGACUUUCUUCAUGAACUUCAUUCAAAGUCACAAACCUAAAGUAAAAGAUUUUUUGAAUAACUCCAGCUUUUCUAGAUCGAAUUCUCGUCUCGCUGGCUUCGUUCUCGACAUGUUUUGCACCCCUAUGAUAGACGUAGCCGAUGAAUUUUGUGUUCCAAGUUACAUUUUCUACACCUCAAAUGCUGCUUUCCUUGCCCUCUGUUUUCAUUUUGAGUCUCUGAAAAAGGAGCAUCAUAUCGAUACCUCCAAAUACAAAAAUUCCAAUGAAGAAUUAACAAUCCCGGGUUUUAAAAACCCGUAUCCAUCGAAAUUCUUGCCUAGACUGAUAACAGAUCAAUCAGUAAUGACGACUACGUUCUUCGAUUUGAUUACUCGAAUCAAAGAGACGAAGGGUAUUAUGGUCAACACAUUCACCGAUCUAGAACCUUUACCUCUUCAGUCUCUUUCAGUUCCGCGAAUUUAUCCAGUUGGUCCAGUGGUGAAUUUGAAGGAAGGAGGUCAUGGUCGAAACAGUCAAUCCGAAACAGAAAGCAUUAUCAAAUGGUUAGAUGAUCAGCCAGAGUCCUCUGUAGUGUUUUUGUGCUUCGGAAGUAUGGGAAGCUUUGAAAUCGAACAGAUCAAUGAAAUAGCAAUUGCACUUGAGUGUAGUGGUCAUAGAUUCUUAUGGUCCUUGCGAAGACCACCACCAAAGGGGCAAAUUGGGCUUCCGAGUAAUUACGAGAAUGUUGAGCAAGUGCUACCAGAAGGGUUUAUUGAAAGGACAAUUGAGGUUGGGAAAGUGAUAGGAUGGGCACCUCAAGUGGCGGUACUAUCUCAUCCAGCAGUGGGUGGAUUUGUAUCGCAUUGUGGAUGGAAUUCUGUACUUGAAAGUUUGUAUUUCGGGGUACCAAUAGCUACUUGGCCCCUGCACGCUGAACAACAAAUGAACGCGUUUGAGUUGGUUAAAGAAUUGGGAUUGGGAGUGGAGAUUCGAAUGGACUAUUUCAAGGAUUUCCAUGGGAAUGAUGAGAAUGUCGAAAUUGUGGGUGCGAAGGAAAUCGAAAGUGGCAUACGGAAGUUGAUGACUAAUGGAGACGAGAAUGAAAUAAUAAGGAGAAAGGCGAACGAGACGAAAGAGAAGUGCAAUGCAGCUAUGAAGGAGGGUGGUUCAUCUUAUGCAUCUCUUGGGCUUCUAAUUGAGGAUGUCAUUAGUAACAUUUCUUGAUCAUUUUGUUCCACACUUACUACACCUUGUUUGGAUGGUUGUUAUCGGUUGUGUUGUAUUGUAUUAUUGGUUUAAAUAUAAUGUUUAUUUUGAUUGUUAAUUAAAUUAUAUUGUAUAGUAUCAUUUAAACCAUUGUUAGGUAACGAUGAAAAUUACUCAUUUUAUGUAAUGAUCGAUUUUGUGUGAUCGCGUGGUUA